AUGAGAAGGAAAAAAAGACGAAGAAAUAUUAUUAUUGUAGAUUUUCUUUGUAUCAUUCAUUCAUCCAUUAUAUAUUCUAUCUACAGUACUACUACUACUACUACUACUACUACUACUACUACUACUAAUAAUAAUAAUAAUAAUAAUAAUAAUAAUAAUAAUAAUACUACUACUACUACUACUACUACUACUACUACUACUACUAAUACUACUACUACUACUACUACUAAUACUACUACUACUACUACUACUACUACUACUACUACUACUACUAAUACUACUACUACUACUACUAAUACUACUACUACUACUACUACUACUACUACUACUACUACUAUUUAG